AAAAGGCAGUCCAUAGUGGUUUCCAUAUUGUGGGCCCCAAAUUUCUUUCUCUCUCAACUCACCUCUCCUUUGGAUAAGCUCCUCCCCCAACAAUUUCUCUCCCAUUUUCGAAACCACCGAAAACAUGGCCAAACAAAUACGCACCGUAUAGACCAAAUAUCCGAAACUAAAAGUUCUCAAACUCCCAACCUUCAUAUCAUCUUUCCUUAUCGGAAAACAUGAUUUUCUUAACCUUUUUCACUGACCCAUCAGUCUAAACGCCUCGUCUCCCCCGAUCGAUUCAGUCUUUUCUCAAGAGGGUUUUGAGAAAGUGGAGAAUUGAUUCAAGAGAAUGUCUAUUUUGGCUGCAAAUACCCAUAUUGUGUACAGAGAAGUGCUUCUCAGAGACCCACAAAAUCAGUUGUCUGGUGGUGGGAGUUGUUUGUUUUGGUCAAGGUCUCCUGGGUUUGGAGUUGAUGGGAGAAGAGGAGAGUGGAGGAAGACGAAGAAGAGGGACUUUAGAGUAGAGGCUUUUUGGCCAGAUAUGACUAGACCCAAUGUUAUAGAGAUGCAGCCCAUCAAAGAUUGUGACCAGCUUGAUCAGAUUUUGGCCCGGGCUCAAGAGCUCCCCCAGCCUAUCAUCAUUGAUUGGAUGGCUGCUUGGUGUAGGAAAUGCAUAUAUUUGAAGCCUAAACUGGAAAAAUUGGCAGCCGAGUAUGAUACCAAAAUCAAAUUCUAUAGUGUGGAUGUCAACAACGUCUCGCAGGCCCUGGUGAAGCGCGGAAACAUCACUAAAAUGCCAACCAUUCAGCUGUGGAAAGACGGGGAGAUGAAAGCUGAAGUAAUUGGAGGGCAUAAAGCUUGGAUUGUGAUAGAUGAAGUGAGAGAGAUGAUAAAAAAGUUUGUGUAAUUUAUGGUAUACCAUUACCCUUUUUACAGAGAUCCAUGUCUGUACAGUACAACACGUACUACUCAUUCCAUCUAGCCUUCCUUUAGAGUUAAUCAAAGGAAUACUUGUAGGCUAUUAUAAUGGCCAAACAGUACGGGGUUCCCUGUUUUCCUGAGAAAUCACUGCAGUAACUGA